AUGUUUUGCCGAAUUGCGUCACUGCAAUUCUCUGUGGUUUUAUGCUCGCUGGCUGCUGUGUCGGCUAUGCGGCUGGACACGCUGAGCUUUAAGCAGCCAUACGAAAUAGUGGAUUCGAAAGGUGAUCGUCAGAUCUCGGAUAAUUUUGUAGUUGGUGGCACAACAGAGGUUAUGAAGAAUUUUAUUCGCCUUACGCCUGAUCGACAGAGCAAGCGUGGACACAUUUGGAGCAAGAGCAUGAUCAAUCGAAAUGAAUUUUCGACUGUUGUUACUUAUCGUAUCCAUGGACAAGGUAAAAAGUGGUUUGGCGAUGGUAUUGGCCUCUGGUUUACGCUCGAACCUCAGUGGAAAAACGGCGAAAACCAUGGCUUUACUGAUGCAUACACGGGAUUUGGUAUUGUGCUUGACACAUUCCAUAAUGUUGAACAUCGCGGUGGUCACAAGGAUGUAACAAUCCAAAUUAACGACGGUACAAAGCGCAUAGACGAUCACAACGAUGAGGAUAAAAUUGGCUGCGAUGCUGCCUUCCGCUACCAUUCCUCUAGUGCUACAUUUGAUCCAGUCUUCAGCUCGUCGCGCAUUCGUAUAAUGAUUAAGGGGAACGCAUUGGAGGUUCAAAUGGAUUUAAACAACACAUCUACGUGGAAUGAUUGCUACAAGGGCAAUCUCCCGUUUCAAAGCGACUGGCUUAACCACGCAACAUUUGGAAUCUCGGCUUCCACGGGUGCUUUGGCUGACAAUCACGAUAUUUUGCAAGUGCAGUCAUUCGAUAGCGUCGACGAUGACGGGUUGGAGUUUGCCGAUAGGGAUACAGAGAUGCACAACUAUUCCAAAAACUUUAUGACCCUUUUAGACGAUGAUCAUAUGUGUGAUCAAUCGUGCAAGGUGACAAUUCUGGAAAAGUUUGUGUCGAACUUUCAGAUCGAGACGGAACAUUGGCUUGAGAUGCUACGUGAGCAGACGGAAAAUACAAUUAACAAGCUUAAGGAAAAGGAGCGUUUGAAUCAUAAAAAAAUUCAGCAACUGACAGACCGUAUGACAACCAUGAUGGAGAACAAAAUUGGCCAAAAGAUGGCGGAUGUGCGUUCCAAUGUCAACAAUCAAAUUGCUGCGGAGAUUGAAGGUGAACUCUUGGUAGCGAGCUCCAGUUGGCGCUUGCCAUUCUUCAUUAUGCUCGUAAGCAUCGCAAUUGGUGUUGGCGUCGCCUACCAGAAGUACCGCAAACUUGUUAAAAGUCAUCUUUUUUAA